AUGGGGAACUAUCCGAACACUCAAGCCAGCAGCAACGAACGGCGCUCGCCAACCCGGUCCUCCCCGCCUCACCAACCCGGUCACGACCUUACCGCCACGAUGGUAUGUCCAAAGAAGCAGGGAAGUCCCGCUGGUCAAAUUGUCAAGAUCAGCAACGACGCGAACAUCUCGACCGCCACCAUCGGCCCCUCACCCCCACGCUUCCUCUCCCUCCCGCCCGAGAUCCGCGACAUAAUCUACACACACUACAUGUCCUCCCUCCCCACCCGCGUCUGGAUAAAACCCCACCCCCCGCUCAGCAAGCGGACCCUCUACCCCGGAACGCUCCCCGCCCUCUGCUUCGCCUCCAAGCACCUCUGGCAAGAAGCCACUCUAGCCUUCCUCCGCCGCACGCGUCUCAUGAUCGAAGCCGACGCCUACAAGACGCAGCCCCCGCUCGCCUCCUUCCUCGCACAGUUCCCCGGCAACAGCGGGUUCGCCGCCGUGCGCAUGCUGGGCUAUCCCGACGCCGUUGUGGGCUACAGCGCCGACUACACGCUCAGGACGCCGUCCCAGCUCAUCGUGAGAUGUGAGGCCCUGCAGAGCUUGCUGCUCACGGUGAACGUGUACUUCUGCGUGCGGAGCGCGGAGGAAACAUUCGCGCAGAUUACCGACGACGACUUGGAUAUGGCUGGCAUGCACUUUGAGAUGAAGUCAAAGGGAGAUAUGGCUGCGGCGGUUGGACUCAAUGCCAUCUUGAAGUGUGCGAAUCUGAGGUUUCUGAAGAUUACGUGCCAGUAUGAGCACUGGCAUUAUGGGGAGUGUGGGGUAAACUUUGGGGUUUCGAGGAUCGAGGAUAUUUUUGGGGGAUUGGUUGCUGCGGUUGAGGAGGGUCUGAGGGAGAGGUUGGGCAGCGUGAGGGUCGAGUGGGAGUAUGUGGAGGAGUAG